UUUCACGCGCAGUUCCACAAGGAGGAUGCUGUGGAAACGCGAUCCUUCGUGAGCGGCGCUCACAGCAUCAGCAACAGGAAAGAGCAAUGGAGGUGGAGAAUCCAUCGCGAUAAAAGCGCUCAGGGAAUCGGCUGCAAGAGCAGCGUAGGCGCUCACAUACGAGUUGUUCGCGGCGGAGAAACACAGAAGUGGCGUCGGAGGCGGCUGCGCACGGGUAAUGGCUGCGAAAAUUAUACAAGAAUGUUUUCAAGAAGAAAACCUAAUUUGAAUCUUGUAUUUGCAAAAGUGCAAGUACAGUGUUAAUCUGGAACUUGAGAUUUGUGUGACCUUGAUUUACAUUUUUUUUGUAAAUCAGAUGAUGAAGUAAUCGUUUCAUGGGGCUCCCUGAAUGGAAUGGGCAGUCGAGCCUUUUCACAUGAUAGCAUUUUUAUCUCUGAAGUUUCAGAAGAAGACGGGAGCUCAGUCAGAGUCAUGUCUGAGGAAAGCACCUCUGGAAAAGUCAAAAGCAUUCAGAGACAAAUAGCCCAUAAUAUCAAAUUUGGUCAUAAACCAGUUUCCACAGCUGUACGGAAAGUAGAAGAAUUUGGUGACAGCUCAGAGGAUGAGGAACACCCAAGAUGUGUCAUUCAGGUUGUCGCUGAUGUGGAAGUGAAUCCUUCAGACACUUUAACCAAGUCCACAGAUUAUCCAAAGGCUAGCUCUUCAAAUGAAGAAAACAAUUGGAACAAUGGAGAUAAGAAGGGGGCUCUCCUCAGAUCUCCAAAGCCGAAAAGAGCAUUAUCCGUUGGUGGCACAAUUGAAUCCAUUAACCUGGAUGCAGUUCCAUUUUCUGUUUCACGCCUGGAUAAUGCUGCUGCUAAGCACAAGUUGUCGGUGAAGCCGAAAAAUCAAAGAAUAUCCAAAAAACACAGACGACUUACACUGGACUUACAGGACCUGACCCAUUCAGAUGAACACCAAGACAAAGACACUUUUAGAAAGAACAUUGGAAUAAAAAGUAAAGAGGAGGGAGAUGUGUUAUCUGCAUCAAUAGAACAAAACAAAAUUCCAAAUGAACAAAUGUUUAAAGAGUUUCAAAACGAAAGAAAACGAAUUGAAGACCAUGAUAAGCUACAGGAGCAUCUUCAUUAUAAUCAAAGUAAAGGUGACCAAGAGCAAAUGCAAAAGGAUAAACUCCUGCAUGAGAAUGUCAUGCAAAAAGAUUAUGAAACAGCAAUACAGACGUCAAAAAUUAGUGAAGAAAGAAAAAAGGCUGUAGCAGAGAAUAUGUUAUAUGAAGGAAAACCUACCGAUGAAAAGGAAAAUGAAGAUCAGAGGCAGCUUGAGUGGGAGAAGCCGAAGAAACGGAUGACUGAGGAACAAAGGUCACAAAACUUUGAAGAACAAAGGUGUGUGGUGGCAGAACAAAGAAGAAGACAGAAUGAACAAAGCCAGCAUGUAUUAGAAAAAACAAAGAAGCUUGAGACUAAGGAAUGGAAGCAAAUGGAGGAACAAGGGUUGUAUGAUAUAGAACUAAAGAAAAUGGAGACUAAAGAAAGGCAGCAUAAUCACUUACAAGAGCAAAAGCAACAUUUGUUGAUAGAACACAAGGAGAAAAAGGAAGAGGGGUAUAAUGAAAAUGUGCAGAUGCUGAAAGACGGAGAACAACAGCAGAAAUGGGAACAAAGGAAACAAUUGUUAGACAUACAAAGGCAUCAAGAAAUGGAAGAAGACCAGCUAAAGAAAGCAGAUCAACAAAUGAAAAAAGAAUUUGAAAAACAGAGGAGACAAGAGGCUGAAGAAGAAACUCAACAGGACCUAGCAGAAGAAAGACAAGAUGUAGAAAACCAAAGAAAGCUGAAAGUGGAGGAACAAAGGCAACAGGAAAUCGAAGAACAAAAGAAAAAAGAACAGAAGAUGCAAGAGGCAGAGGAGCAUAAGAAAAAGGAGAUUAAAGAACAAAAGAGGCAGGAAGUUGAAUUACAAAUAAAAAGAGAAAUAGAUAAUCAAAGACAACAAGACUUUGAAGAAAAGAAGAAGAAAGAGGCAGAGGAAAAAAACAAAAAGGAGCUGGAAGAACAAAGGCAACAAGAUUUAGAAGAAAAACGGAAGCGGGAGGCUGAGGAACAACAAAAACGGGAAAUGGAACAUCAAAGAGAUCUUGAGAAACAGAAGAAGCGAGAGGAUGAAGAAAAGAAAAAAGAGCUGGAAAAACAGAGGAAACUAGAUUUAGAAGCAAUAAGGAAGCGGGAGGCAGAAGAAAAAAGACAGAGAGAAUUGGAGGAAAAGAGGAUGCAGGAGGCUGAGGAACUAAAACAAAGAGAACUAGAAGAACAAAGACAGCGAGAAUUGAAGGAACAGAGGAAGCAGGAGGCGGAGAAACUGAAAAAAUUGGAACUUGAAGAACAAAGGAGACAAGAUAAAGAAGUACAGAGGAUACAAGAGGUAGAGAAACAGAUGCAAAUAGAAAAUGAGAAACAAAGACAGCAAGAUUUACAAGAGCAGCUCAUUAAUGAACCACAACUAAAGAUUUUGGAUGAGAAAAAAAGACAGGAAGCUGAGGUGCAAAAACAAUGGAAUGUUAGAAGCAAGUGCCAGCUGGUGGCUAAAGAACAGAUGAAUUUCAAAGCUGAAAAAGGACGAUCGGAUGAAGCUGAAGAAAUAAUGCAAGAAUGGGAAAAGGAACAAAAUGAAAGUAAUGCUAAUCAAACAGAGCUGGAAUUUGAGGACAAUCAAAGAUUUGAUCCCCAAGAGCAGGAAAGAAGAAGAGAGGAACUCAGGUGGCAAGAUAUGGAGGAGAGACAUGCAGCACCAAGACCUUUUACCUUUAAAGUAUCGUCAGGAGAAAAGCAAAUAAUAUUUCAGAAGGUCAACCUAACACCUGUGACACCAGUUAACCAUCACAGCAACCAAUUAGACCAAAAAGAGUCCAAGUCACUCUCAGGAGCCAAAGGUGCUCAUUCUUUACCAUCAUCUUUGUAUAUUCCCCAUACAGCCAUUUUAGUAACGGGAGCCCAGCUUUGUGGCACUGCAGUAAACAUGGACCAGAUUAAAGAUACAGCCUGCAAAUCUUUACUUGGUCUUUCUGAAGAUAAAAAAACCUUAGAUCUUCCUCCUGUUAAUAGUAGAAGCAAAAUGUCACCAGAAGGAAAGCCCAGCACGAUCAAAAGUAGAUCCUUGCAUGAGGGAAACCAGUCAAGUGCAGCAAUAUUAGCAGAGUGGGCCAUGAUUCGAUCCAGAAUCCUUAAGAGUGCAGACAAUGGUAAGUUACAUGAAAGAGAUUCCAGAUACCAAGUCAGGCAUGCUACCGAAGAUUGUUCACAGAAAGGGGUCACAAAUCCUCACACUAGCCUUCGGAAAACAGUGUCUGCCAGUGCAAAAUUCUCUAUUACACCUGCAUGGCAAAAAUUUCCAGAUAGUCCUAAAACAAUUAGCAAUGAGCCUUCAAAACCUAGACUUCAAAAUGAAAGAGAUGCUACUAAAACAAGAACUUUGUCACUUGAUCUGGAUUCUGCUGAUUCAUCUCCUUGUAAAGCUAAAGAAAGGAGCAUCCAGGUACCAAAAUCGACAAAAACACCAGAUAGCACUGAAGGAUAUGUAUUUGCCAAAGACCUACCAUCCUUUUUAGUUCCAAGUCCACCUCAUGGUUCUCAAAAAGGACGAUCACCGUCAGAAACACAGAUCCCCCAAGAAAAUCAUGAGAGCACAGAAAAAAGAGUAUUGUCCAGUGAAGAGAAGGUAUCUCCUUUUGGAAUCAAAUUGAGGAGAACAAACUACUCACUUCGCUACCAUAGUGAGCAACAAGCUGAACAAAAAAGAAAGAAGCGUUACAGUGCAGGGGAUAAUUUUGAGGGAAUUCCUGCACCGCUCUUACCAAUUGGUCAUGAAAAGAGUACACUAAGUAAUAAAGGGACUGCUGCUGGUUCUCUCAAGGACACAAAAGACAACAAUGCUACUGGAUCUGUUCAAAGCCUACCUGAAGCAAGGUUGACCCCGUCGAAAAUGAACAUUCCAGCUAUACACGGUGAAAGUGAAAGGCAUCUGCUCAAGCCAACAGCCUACCAGAAACCAUGUUUAGCCCCUAAACCCAGCUGUGCAACUCCACCUUCCUCUCCUUUAGAUAAGUCGGAGAAAUCCAAGAUUGUUGAGUCUCAAAGAACUGUCAAAGAAGGCCUUGCUCCACUAAAGAAAAAAGAUGACGUGAAAGAGGAUACACUGCCUGUGUCAUCACAAAGGAGCCAAAAUGAAGAGGAAGAGGCUAAAGAGAAGAAGUCUUUCUUUCCCUCUAUUAACAUUCCGUGGAGAGAAAGAGUCGACAGGAAGACAGAACUGAUUAAGAGAGAAAAGCCAACUCUUCAGAGUAGACAUUCUCUCGACAGCUCAAGAUUACCAGAAAAAGGCGAGUCAUCUCAACCCCUUUGGAUUACGUUGGCGCUCCAGAAGCAGAGAGGAUUCAGAGAGCAGCAAUCCACAAGAGAAGAGCGGCGGCAGGCCAGGGAAGCCAAACUUGCUGAAAAGCAAGCAAAAGAAAAUAAUGGCAAUGGCAGUUUAGCAGAAAAGAAGGCAAGCAGUGAUCAAGCACCACAAAAACCCACAACCCAGACUGAAGAAAAAAAGCCAGAGAGUCUUUUGUCCAGAUUUGAAAGGAGAGAACAACUCAGAAAGUCAAAUACACUGCCUAAUUCUGUUACAGUCGAAAUUGCUGACUCAUCUGCUCCGUCACCCAAAGAAGUCCCCAAGAGGUUUCCUCCUUCAGAAUCAGCACAAGUUGCAACCGAACCUGCUUGGCUGGCCCUUGCCAAACGGAAAGCCAAGGCCUGGAGUGAUUGCCCUCAGAUUAUUAAAUAGCGACAAGCCUCAACCCAAGCCUGCCCCACCCAGUGCUUUUCUGGUCGUUUUUUACUUCUCCGAUUUUUGAUUUUAUCAUUUUUUUUCCUGUUUAUUUUAAAUCAUGUGUCACAAUCAGCAAUGGGUCUCUAUUUCAAAUGAAAUUGUCUGUUAAGCUUCAGGGGUCAUAAUAGGAUGUGUUUAUUCAGUACACUGAAGGGGAAGUGCAAAUCAUGGAUGUUAUGUUUGUAUAAUUACCAGCUGCCAUUUUUAGCCAAACAGGUCGACUGGGCCAAACAGUAGGUACAAAUCUUUGAAAAUCUGCAGAAAUUAACAAGAGGUAAAAAAACGAAGAACAGCUUUGAGACGUCAAAAGUCCAAAAUCUUCAAAACAGUACAGCUUGGAAGGUGUCUGUUUCUGUAUGUGCUAAUCAUGUCCUAUUGAUGUUUUUAUGUUAUUUUAAUUUAUUUUUUGAGAUGGUAACAAUGUCUAAGGGCUAGUAUUGUAUUGCAGAAGUCUGCCUAUCAUGUUCAGGGUAUCCCUCUUUAUAAUCAACCGACAGCACUCUUCACUAAGUACAGAAAUCUUUUGCCCAGACAGCAUUAUGGCAUCGAUUUGCUUUAACCAUUAUACAAAGCACUUGAGUUGCUCAGACGAUAAAGGUAAUUAAAAUAAUUUUUUUCUACUUUUUACAACAAAAAACUGUUAAGUAUUUUCUAAUUUACAGAUGAAAGAUCAAUUGCAUAAUAUUAUCAUCACCUGAAAAAUGCAGCCAUAAAUCACAUCUUUGCAUCUCUCCUGUGAUGUUCACAGUCUCAAUUUGUAAAUGAGUUGCUCCCUCAGCACUCAUACCAUAUUUUUAUAUUUGUAAAUUUCAGACGGUUUGCACCUUGAUAUAGCAAAAUUAGCUUAUCGCGCCUAAACGUUUGUUUUUGCAAACGUAUAGCACUAACGAAUUUGCACUAAAAACACAAGUAUUAUUGUGCUGCCGUUAAUAAUCCACUUGACAGUAAGUUAAUCUUGCACAGUGUUACACCUCUCAUUCCAACAACAACAACUAUUAGCUAAAUAGUCAAAAUUUCCUCCUCACAACAAAUAAUGUCUUCUUAUUCUCCCUUGCAUUGAACCCAAAUGACAAGAUUUUUAUAAGCAAACAGCAGCCUCCUCCAAGCAUUAGCAUAUUCCGUGUUUAGCAGAAGAACUGUGUUCUGUAAAAUCAUAGAUGUGUGUAUAAAAAUGAUUUUAUGGUGUUUAAAUGCAACUUAUUUAUUUUUUUAAUUGUUCCAAAGUGCAACUGUUCUUUAUCACCUCAUUGUUUUUUAAAGUUUUACGUGACUGUGUACUGUGAUCCUAGUGUUAGAUAACAUUCACUACUUUUCUAAUUCUUUGUUUUGUUUCAUCCUAAAUCAGUAUUGAUUACAAUUGUUUCUGGUGAUACGGAUGUCUCGCAAUACACCCCAGCAACAUUAAAUGCAAUAGUUUCUUGCAUUCCUUUA